CAUUUUCGACAAAACGAUGGCGACAUUCAGAAGUGAAUUUAACAGCGUGCCGAACACUUACAAUCACCGCCUGACGGCAUUGAGAAAAAAGCUGACCACGUGUUUUCAGCAGUGGCGCCAGCAGCUUAAAUUACACCAACACCAACAGCAACAGCAGAAACAACGUGGCUUUAAGCAAUUCUACAACGAAAAAUCAACGUAUUUGCGAAAAUUUCAAAAGAUUUUCACAGCACGCCAGAAUUUAGCGGCAGCUCAGCCCCAGCGAGUGCUCAGCAGACACAUCAGCCAGGUGGAGAAGGAGGAGCAGAAGCAGGAGCAGCAGUUGCAAGUUGUGACCACGCUUUCGUCGACUUUAAUAUCGAAAUAUAGCUCCAGCAUGACCAUCAUGGAAAACACCUAUCUGGGGGUGCGUGACGAGUACCCCGACAUUGAUAAUGAAAUACGCGCCAUAUUGCUGGCCAAUGCCCAGAAUGGUAUCACGAUAUCGAGCAUCAAAAAGGAAUAUCGACAAUUUACGGGCACGGCAUUCCCGCUGCACGACAACAUCACCGAUUUUCUGCUGACCAUACCGCAAGUGACGGCCGAGUGCUGUGCGAGUGGCAAGCGUCUGUUCAACAUCAAGCCCACGGAUGGGACGCGGCAUCUGCACGAGAUGAUACUGCAGCAGCGACAGUGCGACAGUGGCAACAAUGCUGUUGCAUCUGCGCAGGAGCCGCAGCCACCGCGUCUGUGGCGCUCCCAAUACAAGCGGCGAGUGCCACAAAACUGCAACCUCAACUACAACCUGAACAUGAGUGAGAAGCCGCCAGUUGUCAAGAUGACUCAAAUGCAGCACUUGGCCAACGCUGCAUUGGCGCCCAGCUGUGUCUAUCAGGACAACUGGAAGCAUCUCAACAAUCAAUAUCAGCUACCGCAGCUGGCAGCUCUGAGCAACCACAACAACAACACUAACAACAACAACAACAGCAUCAGAAACAACAUCUAUUCCAACGCCUUGAAUCCUGCACAGCUACGGGCAGCAACACUGUCACAGCAACAACUGCAACCACAUCAGCAGCAGCAACAACAGCAACUUCAUCAUCAUCCACAGCAACAACAACAGCUACAACAACAACAAGAGCAACACCAGCUGGAGGAUUACACACACAAGCGACGUCAUGAAUUUACGCCCACGCCAACAACGUUGUCAUGUCCAUCGCAACAUGACUCCAUGUUCACCAUCAACUCGGACAAUGAUGCAUAUCUGUUGGAUUUCCCAUUGCUGGGCGAUGACUUCUUGUUGUAUUUGGCGCGGAUGGAGCUCAAGUGCCGUCUCAAGAAGUAUGAAAAGGUGCUGCAGUCUGGUUUGUGCAUCUCGGGGCAGACAAUAAGCGCGGCACGGCAACGGCUGCGCCACGUCGAGCUGGCGGAGAUGACACAAAUCAUUGUUAACAUCGGUUCGGUGGAUAUAAUGCGAGGCAGGCCGCUGGUGCAGAUCGAGCACGAUUUCCGUCAGCUAAUCAAGGAGAUGCACAAUCGCAGAUUUGUCCCAGUGCUGACCACGCUGGCACCGCUGGCCAACUAUCGCCACGACAAGCACACAUGCGACAAGGUGUCGCGCUUCAACAAGUUCAUACGCAGCGAGGGGCGACACCUCAAAGUCAUUGAUAUACACUCGUGCCUGGUCAACGAGAAUGGCAUCGUGCGAUUCGAUUGUUUCCAGAACGCGCCACGUAGUGUGACGGGUUCGUCGGAGCCACAUGUAUUCUGGAACAAAAUCGGACGGCAGCGUGUGCUGCAGAUGAUCGAGGAGAAUGUGGAGUAUUUUUAUCAGAGCUGAGCUGUGCCAGAGACGAGCAAAACAAUAAGAGGGGUGGAUGGGAAGGGGAGGGGAGCACUGGUCUGGCACCAAGCACCAAAUGAGCUUGUACAAGUUAACAAUUCUAUUUAUUUUUUGAAAAUGACGGCACGCUGCUUUUAAACCGAAAUGAAAUUUGGAAUGUUCUAGUUUUUAAUGUGUUUUAUGUGUGCGUCUCGUUCUGUGUUAGUCUCUAGUUAGUUAUUAUAUGUGAUAAAUAUAUGUUAUAUGUUAAAUGUU